AUGAAUAGUGAUCUAAUCACGUUUAUAGUUUUCAUUCAGUUAGUCAUUCCUAGCACCAACUGUCUGAAAUGUUUUCAAUGCCAAAACUAUGGAGGUGAAAGAAGCAUCUGCUCAGCUUCUACUGAUUGUACUUCUCCAAUUUGCUACAUCGUUCAUUUUCCGCCUGCGUCAACGUCAACUGAAUUCGUUUCGGGUUGUUAUCCAAAUUCUUUAUCCAUAACAGAUUAUUGCUAUACAGAUACUAAAAAUAGAACUAUGUGUGCUUGUUUGUCACAAUAUUGUAACACACUGGUUAAUGCUGCAUCUUUUCGCAAUACCACAGAGAAUCUCAUAAAAGAUUUAGAUAUAGACGUCGUACUAUCGACAAAAACUGCAAGAAUGGAGGUAACAACUCCAACUACAACUGUUCUCACAUCUCAAACUACAAGCUCUAAUGUACCGCCACCAACUACUGCAACUAUUCAAACCACCACGAAAUGUACAGUAUACAGCGCAGUCUCCUAUGUCAUAAUCUUUUCUUUGAUUUCGGAUCUAUUCUCUCAUUGA